AUGAUUCAAGCAUUAUCUAAAAUUGAUCCAAUUUAAUAGUAUUACAUUAAUGAUCAUUAUGUUCAUUCCAUAUCAGUAAAAGAAUUUAGAACAAAUCAAUCAUAUUCACCUAAAGCUUUAAUUUAAGGUUAUUGGAAGAAAGAUUAUUAAACACUCAUGACACUUAAUUGUUCAAAUGAAGAAUAAUAAAGAAUUAGUUUACCUUAAAUAAGUGCAAAAUCUUAUUAAACAAGUGAAACAAAAAUUGAAAAAGAAUCAUUUGAGACUUCUAAUAGUUUUAGCAAGAAUAUUUGUGCUGAUCUUAUUUUAUAAAAAUAUAAAAUAAAACCAACAAAUGGCAAUGAUUAAUAAUAAAGAAAAGAAAAGGAAUAUUUUAAACUACCUGGUAAACUAAUUAAAGGUAGUUUUUAACAUAAUAAAAAUAUUGAGACCAGAGUUUAUAAAAAAUAUAACAACGAAUUAUCAAUAGAACGUUUAGAUAUAAAGUAAUAAUUGACUCCAAAACCUACAGUUUAAUCUACUCCUCCUAGUAAUAACUCAUUAGAUAGUUAAAUCAAUUAACUUAAGCCCAUUUUCGAUAUAUCAAAAACUAUUAAAAUUUAAUUAAAUAAGACAUUAACUCCUAAUCCUAAACUCAUUCAAGAAUAAAUUAUUAGAAAAGAAUACCUUAAUAAAGUGUAAUUGAAACCUUUGCUUAUUAGAACUUUUAAUCAAUAAAUUACUAAUUUGGCUAUAAUAUAAUUUGAUGAAUUAUUAGGAUUUUGGGAAGGAAGCUAUUAUGGAUUAUAAUUUGAUUUUGUAGAAAGUGAACUCUUUUUUGAAUAUUAAAAUACAAAAGAACAUUAUUUCUAAAAAUUAUUGCAUAAUUAACAAAUUUAUGCUUUAAAAAAUUUAAAAGAAGCACUAUUUUCUUUAUCAAAAAUGUAUUAAAUAAUCCUAAUUACAGAAAAUAUGUAAAAAUAAUUAGUCGAAUAUGUAAACUUAAAUAAAUUACCGAUUAGUGCCAUUUAUUAAAUGAAAUCAUUAAAUGUAGCAUUUAUUGGAAUUAAAACAAUAGAUUGUUAUUAAAUUUUAGAAGAUUUAUAAAUUAAAAAAUUCAAUAAAAUUGUCUUAAUUUAAACAUAUGAAUUAUUAUAUAAAUCAAAUGAUGUAAUUUCAUAAAUAUAGGAGUAAAAUAUUAUAUACCCUUAUGAGAAUGAUACUCGUUUUGAUGAUUUUUUUUUAUUACUUUUACCAAGUUUAUGCAUGUAAAGUCUACUAAAAAAUGAAUAAAAUCACUCAAAAUUAUUCUUACAUUCUCUCUACUUUAUUGAACAAUUUUGUUAAUCUAUAUUAGUUGAUAAUAUUAAGGAUCGUUGUGCAUAAAAAAUACGUUAAUUAUUAUUAUAAGAACAUUAUAAAGAUUUAUUAGAAAGAAUCUAAAUCAAAAUCUAAAAUAUUGAUUAAUUAAAAUAAUAACCUCUAAUAUAAUAGUAGAGAUAUUCAAAAAAGGAGAUGAUUGCAAGAAUAUCAGAAAAAUUUGAAAAUCAAUAAAAACUAUAAGAAUUAUCAUAAGAUCUAGUUUUAAGAAAUAAAUAAAUUAUAAAAAGAAUAAGUAGAUAUAAAUAGGAGUCUUUGAAUAUACUUUAAAUUGUGAAAGAUUAACUUACAAAAGAACAUGAAUUACUAAAUUAUUGUUAAAAAUUACUUGAUAAUUGUUAUUAUAUUAUAUUUUGA